AUGGUGGAGGAGUACGAGGUGCAGACAGAGCAGGAGACUGUGACUGAGGAGGCUGGAGGAGAGAAGGAGCGAGAGGGGGAGGUGGAGGUGGAAGCUGAGGGAGUUGAGGGGUUAGAAGUGCUGCUGGACCCAGGUGAGAGCUCCAUGAGAUCCAUACCAGGGGAUUCUCAGGACCCCGCUAGCCCACUCAGCCCCCACCAUCCUGGGGGAGAGACGGAGAGCAACACCAUGGGAGGGGAGGAGAUCCUGGAGGAUGUGGAUCUGGAGUCGAACGACGGCAACAAGAUCAUCACGUUUAAGGACAACCUUUUAAACUUUGAUCCUGAUGAGGCUACGUCCACACUGGAUAACUUUGUGGAGGACAUUCCUGCCAUGGCCGAUGAGGAGGAGCCAGGAGAGACCAAUGAGGUGGUGGAGGUCACUACAGGCACUGAAAACUCAGAAUCAGAAUCAGGUCUGGAAGCCUGGAAGAUAGGAGCCGUCUCUGCUGCUGUGUUUCUGGUCCUGGAGAUCAUCGUCAUCAUCGUCUACGUCCUCAAGUGUCGUGACAAAACUAACAGCAGCCCAGCCCCAGCGAGGCUGUGUGAGGAGGGGCGAGUGGAGAUGGAGACAGGUGCAGCCCUGUGUAAUGAAGAGACUCUACCAGCCGGAGAUGGAGAAUGCCAACAAAUUGCUGUUCUAGCCCCGAGGGACCUGGACCCCUCUCUAACCCAACAGCAGCAGGAGGAGGAGGAGGAGGAGGGGGUAGAAAUGAUGGAUCUACAGCUCACCUCCAUAGAGGACCUGACCAACAGACCAGUAGAUCUUAUGUGUUGGCUGGGUCUCCUGGUGGUGCUGGGCCUGACCCCAUGGACCCUGGCACAGUUUCCCAGAGAAUGUGUCACCUCAGUGGGGCUACGGAGCGGCCAGUGCUGCCCCUCUCCCGCUGGAGCCCUGGGUGACGAGUGUGGUUCUGCCACAGGGAGGGGUCAGUGUGUGUCCGUAGCUGCCGACAGCCACCGCCACGGCCCCCAGUACCCACAUGAUGGCCGGGACGACCGGGAGCGCUGGCCGUUAAGGUUCUUUAACCGGACGUGCCGGUGUAACGGGAACUUUGCGGGGUAUAACUGUGGCCGGUGCCGACAUGGACUCACCGGAUCUAACUGUGAUCAGAGGAUAUCUGUGGUCAGGCGGAAUGUGAUGCAGAUGAGUUCAGCAGAGAAGCAGGCGUUUGUGAACUCUCUGGACCAGGCCAAAAGGACCGUCCACCCUGACCUGGUCAUCUGCACACGACGUUACCAGGAAGUGUAUGGUCCGGACGGUAACACCCCUCAGUUUGACAACAUCUCCAUCUAUAACUACUUUGUGUGGACACACUACUACUCUGUCAGCAAGACCUACAUGGGGGCGGGGCAGGCUAGCUUUGGGGGUGUGGACUUUUCUCACGAAGGCCCGGGAUUCGUCACCUGGCACAGGUUCCACCUGCUGCAGCUGGAGAGAGAUAUGCAGGACAUGCUGGGUGAUGCCACCUUUGCCCUCCCCUACUGGAACUUUGCCAUCGGCGGCAGUGAGUGUGACGUGUGUACUGACGACCUCCUAGGAGCCAGGUCUGCCUUCGAUAUGAACAGCCUCAGCCCCAACUCUGUCUUCUCCCAGUGGAGGGUGAUCUGUGAGAGUGUGGAGGACUACGACACUCUGGGAACCAUCUGUAACAAUUCAGAGACCAGUCCCAUCAGGAGGAACCCAGCAGGUAACGUGGCGCGGCCCAUGGUGCAGAGGCUGCCUGAACCCCAGGAUGUAGUGGACUGUCUGGACCUGAAAACCUUCGAUACCCCGCCGUACUACUCCACCUCUUCAGAGAGCUUCAGGAACACCGUAGAGGGCUACAGUGCCCCUCAGGGUGGUUAUGACCCAGUGGUGCGCAGCCUCCAUAACCUGGCUCACCUGUUCCUCAACGGGACGGGAGGGCAGACACACCUGUCCCCUAACGACCCCAUCUUUGUCCUGCUCCACACCUUCACUGACGCCAUCUUUGAUGAGUGGCUGAGCCGACACGCCCCAGGGGAGGCAGCGUACCCGGAGGAGAAUGCUCCCAUUGGUCACAACAGACAGUUCAACAUGGUUCCCUUCUGGCCCCCCGUCACCAACGCUGAGAUGUUCGUCACAGCCCCCGAGAACCUGGGAUACGCCUACGAGGUCACAUGGCCCACUCGCCCCUACACGCUGUCUGAGAUCAUCACCAUAGCGAUCGUCGCCGCGGUGCUGGUGGCUGCGGUGGUGUCGGGGGUCAUCGCCUGUGCUAUGCGUGCCCACGCUUUCCGCUCGGCUGAGGGACUGGAGCCGUUGCUAGGGGAGACCUUCCGUCGCUACUCGGAGGACGACAGACGGACAGACAAGAGCCAGUCUGUAGUGUAG